AAUGCAAGUUGAUACAGUGUGUCCACAAAGAGAUAUCCUUCUCGGCGCUCAAAGUGUGACGAGCUAUAAAUCGAACUUGUGAUCCAGUCGUCCCAGGCCGACCUUUCCAGCAGAUAUAAGUGUUCAACACGUUACUCUUCAAUUGCUAUAGUAUUACACUAUUUCCGAGUCAAACCCCCUUGCUUUACAAUGUCUUCGUCAGACCUGAAGGUUAAUGGCCUCUACAUCCUCUUAUUCAUCCGGAGUCAUCCGCCUGUUUCCAAUAAUUUCCAUUGGGGUCUCUACUUUCACCGCAACCCCGACACUGGAGGAACCAAAUAUCACAUCAAACAGCAAGGCAGUGGCUGGAUUGCUGCCCAUGGACCUACUGCCGGCGUCUUCAAGUCUUUCCUUCUCGUGGGACUUUUCAGGAUAGCUGAUAUUCCCGCGGGAUUGGAAAGCCACCUGGACAAGACCAUGAAAGCUUACGACAACCGCCUGAAUUCGCCUGGAAUCACCUGUCGUGUCUGGGUCCUCUGGGUCUUGGCUCUCCUACAAAAGCCAAUAUCUGGAAAAGUGAUCCUUAGAUGUGACAAUCUGCACAGUCUCGAAGCCGAGGCUAAAGACUGGGGCAACGCCAAUGCGGCUGGUGCAGCGAGGAAUGAUCAGCCAAGGCCAUUGGCAACUUCUACUCUAUGUGGGCUUUGAAUGCGGGUCAUUCUUUCAUUAUUUUAUGCUGGACAGGCUGCAACGGUCCGAAGAGAAUACCGCCCGUUGGGUCGGACUUCAUGCGUUCUGGUGCACAUCGAGUAGGCAUUGUACUUGGUGGACAUAGUUUCGAAUCCUUGGAUUGAACUUGGAUCUUCCCGGUAACUGAGCCGAAACCUAAAUCCUCGUCUCACUAUUGUCCGGGUUGUCCCUGUUGGA